UGUAUUUGUACGUAUUUGUUUAUGAGAUUCAUCAUAAAUCAUAAUCGUUGACAUUCAAUGACUUAUUGAAUAUUUGUAAAUAUUGGGUAAAGGCUUAACUUAGUACUAGUUAAUAAAAAUGCAAAAAUAAUAAAUAUACCUUUAUUAUUUAUUUUUAAUAGUAUUACUGAUAAGUAACAAUAUUAUAUCGGUCUGGCGCAGAAUUCUACAUCACCCGUAGAUACCUACAUUAAGGGUUUCCCGUUUGUCGUCGGUCCGUGUCCGACAAACCAAAAUUACCCGGCGAAUCAGCUGACUUAUAAUCAUGCUGUCAAAGAAAUGCAUCAAGUACAUUUGCUGGACACUGAUAUUCGCGUUUGUGUUCCUCGGACUGCCGAAACUUUGUUUGAGCCACGGACACCAUCACCACCACCACCACGAUCACGAACACGAUCAUGAUCACCAUACCGCCGAUCCCGUGUCUGCGCCGAUUGUCGACUCGAUGCUUUGGGUCAAAGCAUUGUCAUCCACCGUGGCCAUUAGCGUACUGCCGUUUUUCGUGUUGUUCUUCAUACCAAUCGAUAACAAGGACGAACAUAAGUCGUUUUUGAAAGUGCUAUUGAGUUUUGCGUCUGGUGGAUUGUUGGGCGACGCAUUCCUUCACUUAAUCCCACAUUCAUUGUCCACACAUCACCACCACAGACACGGUGAUCAUCAUCACAACGAUGACCAUCACCAUGAUCACGGUCAACAUUGUAGUGCCGAUUCACACGGUUCAGAGGGUGGCCAUGACCAUGGCAACGAGAUGAGAGUGGGAUUGUGGAUCCUGGCCGGCAUAUUGGUUUUCUUAUUUGUUGAGAAAAUGGUUCGAGUGAUAAAAGGUGGUCAUAGUCAUUCACAUUCGUCUGUACGCCCCAAGGAAAAGUUGAGUGAUGAUGAAGAUGAAGAUGAUGACAAAAAUGUGAAACUCACAACUCCAAAACAAAGUUUAUCAGUAGCUGGAUGGUUAAAUGUUGUUGCUGAUUUUACACACAAUUUUACUGAUGGACUUGCUAUUGGUGCUGCUUAUUUAGCCGGCCAAAAUAUUGGUAUAGUUACAACAAUAACAGUAUUACUUCAUGAAGUUCCUCACGAAAUUGGAGAUUAUGCAAUUUUAAUUCAAGAAGGUAGCUCUAAGGCAAAUGCUAUGAAAUGUCAGUUAGUAACUGCAAUAGGAGCUAUAUGCGGUACAUUAGUGUCAUUGACAUUUGGAAAAGAUAGCGAAGUAGCAAAUUCUUGGGUUCUACCAUUUACAGCAGGUGGCUUCAUUUAUAUUGCAACUGUAAACGUAAUACCAAGUCUUUUGGAAGACUCUAGUUUUAAACAAUCUAUUAAAGAAAUUAUAGCUUUACUAGUAGGAGUUUACUUAAUGGUUCUUGUUGCUAAAUAUGAAUAAAUAAAACAGUUUUAUAUAGUUUA